GCGGCACCUUUUUUUAUUCGUAUUUUGCUUAUUUUUAUGACACAGUAUUUAAUUUUAGUAUUCAAGUUAAAGAUUUAAACUUGUAUCGUUAUUAGUAGUUUCUUAAGAAUAAUUUGAUAUUGGUUAAGUCUAUAGCUAUAAUUAAUUAAUUAUACAAGUUAUACGAAAUUCGCUCGGUGGCGAACCGGUGGAGCGGUGGGGAAAACAACUUUUAGAAGUUUUUAGUGUAUGCUGCGACCUUGGUCAUUAUCAUACUUAUCGUGUAUUUUACUGGCAACUGUUAUUUCGUAUCAGAUUCGUCUGUUGUCCGAUAUACUGUGUUUUAUCUUUGUGAAACAUGGCAGCAGGCGGUCUCUUGAAAUCCACAAAAUUAACUUUAUGCUCUCUCCAAUCUGCUAAGGCAGCAGCAUCACAAUGCCGAGCCUUCACGACUCAGCUGACGGAGCAGCAACAGGAGAUCCAGACCCUGGCCCGCAACUUCUCUAAGGAGCACCUCAAACCGCAGGCCUCCCAGCUUGAUACUAAAGCCAGGUUCCCGUUUGAUCUUAUAAAGAAGUUAACAAAGUUAGGCCUCAUGGGGGCCUGCGUGGACUCCGAGUACGGAGGCCUAGGCCUCGACUACUUAUCCCUCGCGCUCGCCGUGGAAGAGAUUUCCCGAGGCUGCGCCAGCACCGGCAUGAUACUUUCAAUACAUAACUUCCUUUAUGCGAACUUGGUUAACGAGAGAGGAACGGAAGAACAGAAGCAGUUGUUUUUGAAGGAUUAUACGGCGGGCAAUAUUGGGUGCUUUGCGCUGAGUGAACCAGGCGCUGGCAGCGACGUAGCCAACAUCGGAACCAUGGCUCGACGGGACGGUGACCACUGGAUCCUGAACGGCAGGAAGAGCUGGGUCACCUCCGCAAUAGAGGGCCACGCUACGGCGGUGUUCGCUACCUUCGACCCGGAGCUGCGGCAUAAGGGAUUGGCUUGUUUCCUGGUGCCGCUGGACGCUGAGGGUGUGUUCAGAGGAAACAAGGAACCCCUUAUAGGCGUCAGCAUGUGUCACAGGGCGGCGACUGCCUGCGACCUCACGCUAGAAGACGUGCGGGUCCCGGCGUCGAGUCUGGUGGGGGAAGCAGGGGAGGGGUUCAAGAUAGCCAUGGCGCAGUUGGACCAAGGCAGGAUUGGUAUCGCGGCACACGCUGUCGGUAUUGCACAAGCCGCUUUAGAUACGGCGAUCAACUACGCUAAGGAAAGGGUAGCGUUCAGCAAAAACCUAACGCGACUCCCCUCGGUGAAGGAUCGUCUCACAGACAUGUGCAUCCUAGUAGAAUCCGCUCGUCUGCUGACAUAUCGUGCCGCGACCGACGUCAGCACCAAGAACAGUUCUAUGGCGAAGUACGUGGCCGGCCGCAACGCCGCCGCCGUGGCCGACCACUGCGUGCAGAUACUCGGCGGCCGCGGGCUGUCCACCAACUACGACGCCGAGCGACACUUCAGGGAUGCGCGCGGCACGCAGAUCUACGGCGGCGUCACGGACAUCCAGAAGCGGCUGGUUGGACAUUUCCUGCUCAAGGAACACGAAGCACUCUGAUACUGUUAGUAACACUUAACUGAUCCCAUUUAAAACUAUAAGGCCCACCCCACACUAGCGUUUCCCGAGCGUCGGCGCCUAGUCAACUGUAUGGCUGGCUAGACGACGUAGACGCUAGUGUGUGGUGGCCCUAAGUGCUCGGCUCAGUGGCGAGCGACCAGCGGCGCGUGCAGCGUUGCUCGCACUGACGACUCGCAUACGUAUGCAUUUGUUUCAAAUGGACGCCACGCCACGCCGCUUACAGUUCUUAAAUAUAUUUUACAGUACAUAUGGUCCUAUUUUCCCGCACUAUUGCGUAUGUAUGUUUCGUGCGUAUGUCAAAAGUUGAAAGGGCCACAUGAACUGUAAAUCGUUGUACGAUACACGUGCGAAUAGGUAAUUCGUAACUCGUGUCGAUUUAAAACACUCCUAAAG